AUGGUGAUUGAGCAUUUCCUACCAGGACCGUCUUCAAAUGUUGCGUUUCUCCGCUUCAUCAUGCGUGCGCUAGGAGGGGCCACCAGCUUUCGGGACAGUUCCUCGGGCCACCAAGCUAGGCGAACCCGUUCAGGCACAUUUGUAUCAAGUCGGCCGAUCAUGAGAGGAAAUAACACUUUGCAGAAGAGGGCUGUGGAUGUCUAUGUCCUCCCAGCUCUGGAACAGUCUGAGCAUCUCCUACAUCUCUACUUCAACACCGUCAAUCUAAUGCUGCCGUGUAUUCACGAAGACAGAUUUCGUUCGAUGUGGUUCAUUGCCAAAUCAGAGAGCCCAGAAAAGCUGUCAAAACCCUGGCUUGGGAUUAUCAACAUGGUUUUCGCACUAGCUUCCAAUGUGGUCGGUGUCAGAUCACCACCCCAAGACCGAGCUGCACUGUCAGACAUGUGCUUUCAGCGAGCACUAGAGUUGGUAAAACCAUACAUGCUGGGUAAUCCCUCUCUGGAAUUAGGUACGGUUUCUUUCGCCCGUAUCUUCAACGCGGCGAGCCUACUUACACACGUUUUGCGUAGUCCAAUUGUUUCUGUUGAUGGUGAUCUAUCUCGAAGGCACCAGUUACUCCUCUCUUGCAUGGACAUUCCACAGCCUGUCCGUCAAGGGCUCGUAUCAACUGGGACUCCACGUCACAGGAUGUCACAUUGGCUGAGCGUUACAUAUGGCCGGCCGCCGCUCAUACCACUGGCGCAUGUCAAUCCCAAACCGGGAGCCCGAAUUGCAUUCAGCAACGUCUCCAGCAGUUACUUGUCUGUUAACAUUAGAGCCAGGUCAGUAACACAUCUGAUGGGUGACAUCCUUGAGCGCCUUUACGACAAUAAUCUUGGCUCAAACCCGAAUCCAGAACCAAGCCAAAUUCUUGAGCAAACGACAAAAGUUUGCUUUGGAUUGGCUCAAUGGCAAGAUACGCUCCCUUCCAACCUCAAGAUAAUGACCUGUCACGAUACAAUCGACGCUGUUGCUCCACUGAUGUUGGAGAGCACGCGUCUCAGGGUUCUUCUCUCUCUCCGUUACCUCGGGAUACGUAUACUAGCGAUGAGACCCGUCAUCAACCUGUUCCUUGAUACAACAGGCUCGGAGUCAUCUUCACACGAGCACACUUCCCGGUGGCUUCACAGCUGUGGAGCAACAAUUCUUUCUGAUCUGGUCAAGACAGCAGGAGAUGUGCUCCACAUCAGCAAAGAGCUCCUCAAGGCAUCCGAAACCACGAAUCAGAAUCUCCUCGGGGCCUGGUGGUUCUCUUGCUAUUACAGUAUGUCUGGCCGGUCCGUUGCUUCUACCUUUGGCGUUAUACUGACGUGCCUUUCAGCCUUCAACGCCUCUUUGGCUCUCUUGGGUGUUAUCUCCAUCAAGAGGAUGCCAUUACCGAACAGCACCAUCCUCUCAGCAAUAUCCACUGCAGAGUUGAGAAAGAUGAUGGAUACCGCACUCGAGACAUUGCACGGCUUAGACGGAGGAAAUGAGACUAUCGCUCGUUGCCGAGAUGCGCUUUCCCAGAUGCUGAAAGCGGUUGAUAGCACGGGGCAAUCUGGGACUUCUGACUUGGUAAACCUUUCGCCAUCGGGUGCCUGGGUGGCGCAGCUGAUGGAUUCGGGCCUUUUCAGCUCAGAGCUGACGAUGGGGGUUGGACCUGAUAUGUUUGGGGCUGGGUUUGAUGAUGCUGGAACUUUCUUUCAUGAGAGGUGA